UUCACCAUGUUGGCCAGGGUGUUUCUCGAACUCCUGACCUCAGGUGAUCCACCCGCCUCGGCCUCCCAAACUGCUGGGAUUACAGGCAUGAGCCACCGCGCAUGGUCCAGAAACUGUAUUCUUUAAUGAGAAUCAUCAUCUUCUAAUAGGGAACCAAAUAGCAAUAUAAUAUGUGCCCAAGUGCCUGCUUGGCAGGGAAAGGAAUUUUAAGGUGGAGCUCAGUUCUCUGAGUAUUGUUGGGAUAAUGUUUUUCUUUCUCUUCCCUGUAGACACGCAGGUGGCCCUGGUGACUGAGAUGACAUCCUCUCUAAAGAUCUGGGGCACGCUCUUGGCCCUGCUUUACAUCCUUUGCAGGCUGUGUGUAUACAGUAAAGACGUUUACUGGAGAGAAUUCAUAAAACUUCAUUACUUAAGUCCAAGUAGAGAAUUCAAAGAGUACAAAUGUGAUGUCCUCAUGAGAGAAAAAGAAGCUCUGAAAGGCAAAAGGUCUCAUAUAUUCAUCUAUAGCUUAUGGUUCAAAAUUCAGCGUACAUGCAUCAAUGAGAAGGGGAGUGACCGAUAUAGAAAUGCAUAUGUAUGGGCCCCAGGUGCCCUUAAAGUACUCGAGUGUCACUGGGAGAAGUACAACAAGAGGUAUAUAGAGAGCAGAAGCUUCAGCUACAUUGAAUUCCAUUGUGGCAUAGAUGGAUAUGUUGAUAACAUAGAGGACCUGAAGAUUAUAGAACCUAUCAACAACUAGAAAGUCUAUGCACAUCCUCAGAUAUUGGUAGAGUGUUCAGUGCUUCCAAAGUGGUGGGCCCUGCCUCCAUCAAUAGCCCCGGCCAAUCCCCACUUACAUUUAUGUGUCAGUGUUUUCCAAGUACUUAGAGUUUAUGUACCUCGUGAUUUCUUGAUACCAAAUCUUUGUGUGGUGUCUGUAUCUGUAAUACAAUUUUGUCCUAAUUUGCCUAAUUUACACCCACAUUUUUUCCAAGAUUCAGCUCGUAUGGCAUCUAUCCUUGACUAACCUAAGACUUUUCCUGAUAUUGACUCUCUUAUACCUACCCAAGCUGAACAAACUUCUUUUUCUUAAAUAAAAUAUAUUAUUCUAA